CGACCCCCAGCUAUUUAUACGCCCCGCCUCAUGCAGCGCAGGGUUGACACGGUACAUGGUUUGAUCGGUCUUGAUCGGUGAUCGCCAUCCUGCAGAAGCCCAAGAGAAACAAGAAACUACUACUGAAUAAGGGGAUCGCGUAAGGUUUGGCCAUGGAGAACUUUCGUGAUCAGGAAGCGCAGCAGCGGCAGGCGGCGGCGGCGGCGAGGGUGGUGCACAGCCAGGUGAGGAAGAUCAAGGAAGAGGAGGGCGACAAGGUCAAGGUGCACGAGACCUACCAGCCCCACGUCGCCGAGAUGCGCCUAGUCCUCCGGGACCUCGGCCGCCACCGCUCCCGCUCGCCGCUCGGCAGGGCCGCCCGCCCCGCCAUCUCCAUCGGCGGCGACUCCUAGGACUCGCUGGCUUCCUUUCUCCUCGAUCGUCAUCAUGCGCUGCCUCGCCGUGUAUUUAGGAUUUUGUUCUCUUUGGUUACUUUUGUCCUCUCGGGUGGAUGGAUUUUGUUAUCCCCAACUUGAUGAGGAUGAUGAUCCUGUAAAUACUUGUGUCUAAGUUGUUGUCAGCAUCUUCCUUUUUCAGUUCAUUAGGGACAGGCUAGUAUUCUAGAUGAUGCUGCGUUUUUGUUUCUUCCCAAAAGAGAUCCUGAAUAUAUAUAGAGAGCUUUAGAUCCCAGUUCUGCGUGAUCCCUUGAUCAGCUGGUACAAAUUUUUCCUGAACCCUGAACGAUGUGGUCCGGUUUGAAGAUUUCUCCUACUGUAUUUCUGAAGAACCGGAAACUAGAACCACACACAAUCUUAUAACUUACUACUGUACAUUUCUUUCAA